CUUUUUCGUCCGAACCUCUGCAAGAAUUCAGCAACCAUCGAACUUCUGUUCUUCUGUUCGAUAUCAAGUCAAUCUUCACUUUCAAUCAAAUUCGCAUUCACCCACCCUCUUCCAUCAGAUCCUCUUUGCCAGUUCAGCAUCGGUGCUGCCAAGACAUUCUCCACCAAUCCGCGAUCCCAGCGAUUGGUCCGAGCUCACCGCGCCCGAACUUCUUUCUUGAAUCGCUUCGUCUCUCACGGAAUACCAUUCUCGGCCAACAACACUGUCCGUCAGUUGUGACGACAGUUUUUUUUUUUCUUUUUGUUCAGCACGAGAACCUUCUGUCGAAGAUGACGCCCGCGCCAAGACGGCGCACACGAGCUACCGGCUUCUCCCCAGGGGGGCCGCGUGAGCUGAAAGACGCCCCACGGCGACAUGCCCGUGGCGGCCGUCGAACCACUGCUGCCGGCAAGGCAGCACCCAAGGCAUCAUCCCGGACUGCCGAUCCGAUGGACUUCGACAAGGUCGAAGACUCCGAAAGCGGCGCCGAUGCUCCCGCCAGUCCGCGUCGUGGUCGGGGUCAAACCCGUUCCCUUCGCGCGAGGACGCGGAGUUCAUCACCGCUGGUGAGGACCGAAGUCCCCGACAACACCACCACCAGAUCCCCCCUGCGAGACGCAGAUGCUGCCAGCCAGCCACGCCGAGCCCGACUCGGAAGAGGUAUUGGCAAGCACGCCCGGGUGGAGGAUACACUGGAGGAAGUUGUUGGGCCUGCCGAGGAAACCGGCGGAGAGUCUUCGAGGUCGUCGGUCGCAAGACCAGCCAAGAAGCUCCGAGCUGGGGACCGAGGUGGGGAGGCCAUACGGAGGCAGAUGGAGCGGGAGAAGAGGUUGUCGCCUCCACCGACCGCGCCGGCCGUGACGACUCCUUCGGGGGUUCGAGCCUCGGUCUUGCGUGUGGGGGCUUCGGCCUUGAAGUACCUGGGGUUCAGGACGGAGUCACCCCGUCCGGUUGCUGAGGGUGAUGGGGUUUCCAGCCCAUCCCCUGAGGUGUCCUCUCACGAGGCACCUCUAUCCACCACCGAAAGCCCUUCGGGGCAGGAGGUGGUGAAGAGCACCGGCGGGCCCGUCCAGCCCGAUGGCGGCGCAUUGGCGUCAGCUGUCCUCCACGAGCGCUCUGGAGAAGACCUGAUUCGGGAGCAGCGGCGCGCGGCUGACUUGAGGAAGCUCCUCAAGCUCGGCCGUCGCAAUGUUGUUCCUCUGAAGGCUCCUUCGGAGUGUGGGAGCGACGAUGAGGAGGCAGCCAAAGCUGCGUACAGGUUCACUGAGGAGCUCAGACCUGUCAGCUUGCCCUCAUACGACGCUUCCACUCGCUACGUCGGGUGGGCCGAAGGUAACAGUGGUAUGUUGGUGGUUGAGGAAGAAGAGUCCGAUGACUCGAAUGAAGACCGCAAGGGUAAACCAGUGAAAGCCGCACUUGGCUGGUUUAACGAACACUCGGACACAGUCCCGACUCCCGAUGAGCUCGUUGGCGUACUUGGAAAGUACAGGUUCGACCAAUUAGCCAGCACGACUGGCAGAACAUACCGCGCGCCAUCUCCAUCUGAUCCUUAUGAGGAUUUUGAAUUUGAGAGCGACACCGGCGAACCAAUCGAUCGAUGUGACGGCGAACCACUGCCUCCUCCACGCAACCCACGCCGCAGAAAGAUCACGGCAAGAUCCGCCCCGGACUUCAGUGGCCCAGCCGACGGACACCUUCCCGUUUCAUUGCAAGGAUUGCCAUUCGACAUGUUGCCAAAGGAGUGGCAGCUGCACAAGAAAAGCUGGAAAAUCAAGCAGCGAGACCUCAUUCACGAAGCACAACUCGCAGAUCGCCGCGACCGAGGGAUUGAUGAAGAUGAUUACCAGAUGGGCCUUCGGGCUCAUGCCAAACAAGAGAACCAAAGGCGCCUGAGAGAAUCUCAGCUUGUGGCUGCCGGGAAGGCCGUUAACGACAGAAUUCGUCUUGAGCAACUGAAGCGCGAAAAACGUGCCCUGAGGGCCAUUGCCGAAAAGAAGCGCGCAGAAGCCUUCAUGGCCGCCAGUGAGCCUGCUAGGUUCCUCUCACAAGAGAGGGUCGGAAGAUCCCCCAUGAGAGGAUCUCCUGUCGCCAGGGCCCAACGAUACGCAUCGCCCCCACGAGUCCCAACCAUCAGCGAAGAGGCCGACGAAGAGGCUGCUGCUGCCACGCCCCGCCCAGUGCCCAAGAUGGGCACCGACAAGCCCGAGAGGCCCUCCCCCGCUGCUCCUGCGCCCGCGCCCAAGACCGCCGAUGAGCCCGCUCCAGCUCCGAUGGUCGCCAACGAGCCUGCCAGUGCUCCUCCGGCCAGACGUGGAGGAAAGAAGCCCAGAGUCAACCCCCCCGAGUGGGCCGGCCUGGAGAUCAACCCGAGAACCCACCUCCCAGAAGGGAUGGUGGGGCUCGUAUACGGCGUCAACUACUUCUCAGACUCCGACGACUACUCCGACGAAGGAGAGUCACCAACCCCACCAACCCCCGCUGCCAAUGCCGUUGUCAGUGACGUCGGCGUCGACGUUGGUGCGCUCGUUGACUCAAUCCCGAGUCACGAGCUACAAGCACUGUUUGCUUCGCCCGACGUCGGCGUCACUGACUUCGACAUCACCUCGAUCGUCGACGCGAUUCCUCGCGACGAAUUCGAGGCUCUAAUCGGCAUCCCUCUCCCAUCGGCUCCCGAGAGCCACGACAACUUCGCCCCCGCCAAUUUCGCCAUUUCCGACGACGUGAUGGCCAUGGUCGACAACAUCCCCGACCGCGACUUCGACGAGAUGAUGGGGGGCAUCCUGGCUGGAUGUUCGUCGGCUGGAUCCGAUAUGGGUCCAGUCGGGGUGUCCUCCUGAUUUUCGGUCGCCCGUGGCCUGGCCCGCUCCGUCGUUCGGUUUGGAUUGGUGGUGGUGAGACCUAGGCGUUAUUGCCAGGCUCACAGCGUUGUUGUUUGUUGCUGGUUUCCUCCGCCGCCGUCUUCCGGGUUCUGAUUGGACGUCCGCCGUGUCUGCCGGUAUGGGCUCUUUUGGGUUGUCCGGAGGGUCAGAAAGUGAUGCUCUGACCCGAUGGCUCCUGACUGGGCGUCCGCCGGCAUUCCGGUAUGGGUUCAUUCGGUUCUUUGGUUUUCGGUGGCACCAGCAGAUGGGAUUGGGAAUAUGCGGGUGGUUUGGUGCGGUUCGGAGCUUGUUCUUGCGCGUUGUGCGCUGGGAUUCUGGUUUGUUUCCUGGUUGGGUUUCUGGUUUGUUUUCUUGUCUGGUGGUGGAGGAUUCUGGAGCUGGUUUGUCUUCUGGUCGGGGUCUGGUUUUUUUUCUGGUCGCGGAGGAUUCUGGAGAUGUUGGAUUUCGCGCUGAGGCGCCGGGGCUUGUGGGAUUAGGCAGGGCGACGGGGAGCUGGGAGUUUACGGUGGGAUACUGGUUUGUACAUGGGACUGUUCUGGUUUGUGGGAGCUUGGGAAGCAUACAGGGGUGGCAUUGCGACGGAGUUUUCUGGUUUGGCGUCUGUUGUUGGAAUUGGUCUGUUGGAGUCUUCUUGUUUUUUUUCUCGUUUUAAAAUACCAUGGCAGCGCCCACGAUGAUAAAUUCCGGGGCAGAUAGAAAAUGAAAAGGAUUCUUG